UUUGAAAAAUUAUUUUCAUUCAAAGCACUAGGAAUGCGUGAUCGGCUAACUAAAUCUGAAUUCAGUAUUAUUUCGAAAUUAGAUGGACGCGAAGAAUAGGGGAAAAAACACGUAGCAAAAUCGAAAGGGAGAGAGUAAUUUUUGUGUAAUAUCCUGCCAUAAGCGCGCACAUUAGAAUGGUGCUGUACUUUACAUUAAAUUAAAUGACAAAAAAAAGCACAAUGGAACGAAGAAAAGUACGUAGCAAAACUGUAUAAAAAAACAAAAAAAAAGUCUGUGAGUAUGGGGAUGGCAAUUUGGAGGAGAAAGUGUACAAUAUAUACCAAAAGAAAAUCCGAAAAAGUGGGUAACGAUGUAAGAAUGAAAGUAGUGAAUAAGCGAAGAGGAAGAAUGAUAAUACACGAUAAACAAAAUAAAUAAAAAAAAAACGAGAAAGUAUUGUAACGAAGAAAAAAUUGAAAAAAAAAAAGAAGUAUAUAACUUUUGUGUGCAUGUAUAAUGAAAAAUUUUUCGUUUCUUGGCCAAAGCGACGGAAGAAACGUGAUGUUUGAGAUGCCUUGUAUAUGUGCCAGCUAUUUAUAUUUGUGAUUAUUAUCUAUAUUUUCUAUUCUCAUAAAUCGCCGAACGAAUCGCGCGCUCGUCUUUCUUUUUCUCACUGUGAGUUUUUUUUUUCUUGUCAAAGGGGGGGGUAUAUAAAUAUACUCUAUCAUUACGAUAUACAUAAAUACAAAGAAAGCAUUUUCAUGCCGUCAUGUAUAAAAAAAAUGUUUUAACAAAAAAUGUCUUGUAAGUUUAUAAGUAAUAAUAGCGGGGGUGUUGAAAAAUGACUUUUUUAACAAAAAAAAAAAAAAAAAGAAGAAACCUUAACAUACCGUCGCAAUUACUGCGUUCACGAUAUAAUAUUAUCCCGUAUAUGAUGAUAACGAAUGAAAAAAAAAAAAUCACACAGAUUGUACUUUUGCUUUGAUUAAGUUUUCUCCGAUGAUUUUAUCAAUAAAAAUAUCAUUUAAAUCAAAAAUUAUAAAUGUUCUUUUGUUAUUUUCUCAACAGAUCUUCGAGGCCUUUCCAAAAUUUCCAAUUCCAAAAGCAGAGUCCAGCUUCGUCCGUUAAUCCCGUUCAUGUUUCGUCAUUCAAUAUAGAAAAAUUUGUUUGGUACCGUAUUUACGCGUACUUGAAUGAAUAAAGAUUGGUCCAAAAUCGUGUUACUCGUAUUGUGUGUUUAUAAAUUAUAUACAAUAAUUGUCAUUCAAUUUAAUAAUUACUCGUGCCACUUGUUUUCCAAAUGGUCAAAAAGAUAAUGAAUAUUAACUUUGACUUAAUUUUCUUACAUAGGAUCAAAAUUUGUAAUGAGUUCGGUUGAUACAAACAAAAAUGCCUACUUAACUUAAUUCUAGCAAUCUAUUGAAAUGAAUUUACCGCUACGAAAAAGUCUUCGAACGUCAGCCGAUCGCAUGCGUAAACGCUCACGGACACUGUAUACGCUUAUUAAACGUGUGUCGCGUAAGCCAUUUACUUACGAAAAUACUCGGCUAUAGAUUCGUCAUGUAAACAGAACACAAGAGAAGCAGCAGCUGGCCAGUAACGAAUCGUCGACUUCGAAUCUUCGAAUCUCUGUUUUCGAUCGAUAAAACGUGCGCGCGUUCGCGAAAAUGUCUUCGUCCAGCGACGAAUCCGUAUCCGUUGCUAAUUCGGAAAGCCCCUGGGAUAACUCCAGCGAUUAUUCCGAUGCCAGUUCGGAAAGCUCCUUGGAUAACUCCAGCGAUCAUGCCGACGAGCGCGUGAACGUUAUCGCAUACGUCGAACGAGCGCUAAUGAGCGGUGAAUCCUCCAACGACGACGACGACGACGACGACAACGACGAAAACAACGACGACGACCAGUUCGAUCCAGCUAUGUUAGCCGAACAGAUCAAGAACAAUUGGGCGCUAUACCAUCGCGACGUGCAGAACAAGCGCGAAUUCUACCUCGAGGUGUUGUUUCAAUCGAUCGGCGCUCACAAGGACAGGCCGUUUCCGCAGCUUCGCCAGAUCUACACGGCCAAGGAGCUCGACCAGCUUCUUCUGGACGCCGUGGAACACAACGGCUGCUCGAGGGUAUGGAGGCGCAUCGUCCCUUUGGUGGCGCGCAGCGGCCACAAGCACGUGGCCGAGCUCGACGACGCGGGCAAGCCGCUGCUGCGUCGCGCCACGGUCGUUCAUCGGGCGGCCCAACGCAGCUUGAAGGAAAUCAUGCCGCACCUGUUCGAGAUCUACGACGGAUCGUACGACGCGAAUUACGUCGACGAGGCGGGAGUCACGCAUUUUCACCUGGCCUGCAAGUACGGCCAUUACGAGGCCUGCGCGGGAUUCAUCGCCUCGGCCAACAACAAGGUGGACGUGAACGCGCCGACCGGGGCGGGCGACAGGCCGCUCCAUCUGGCCCUGUCGAGCCCGAACGACGACCCGCGACUGAUCGAGCUGCUGCUGCGCGCCGGUGCCGAUCCGAAUCUGGCCGAUCCGAGGGACGGCUCGACGGCGCUGCACCUCGUCUGCAGGAAGUACUCGCACGCGUCCGCGCGCAGACUGUACGAGCUGAGCGAGAGCCGCGGCCGGCCGAUGCUGGUCGACGCCGCGGACGCGCUGGGCCACACGCCGCUGCACGCGACUCUGCUGCAAGGCGGCGAGAGGAUGGACACGGUCGAGUUUCUGCUGAGACGCGCCGGCGCCAAUCCGAAUCUGGCCAAUCCGAGGGACGGCUCGACGGCGCUGCACCUGCUCUGCGGCCAGGGUCGCAGGUGCGACGCGUUCCUGGCGAGGCUGCUGUUCCAGGCCAGCCGAGGCGAGUUCCUGCCGCUGCGGCUCGACGCCCCGGACAAGGAGCUGGGCGACACGCCGCUGCACCGGGCCGUGCGCAGAGGCAACCGCGUCAUGGUACAGCUGAUGCUCGAGCAGGGCGCCCAUCCGCAUCUCGCCAAUCGCCGGGGAUUCACUCCGCUGCACUUGAUCUGCACGCGGGAGGCCUUGAACGGCGAGCGAAGAAUCGCGACGUGGGCCGUGGCGGCGGCGUUUCACCGGGGCUGCGUGGGCCGAGCAAGAGGAGGAGGAGGCGGCGGCCGCCUCUUCGAUUUCGUCGACGAGCCGGACGCCGACGGCAACACGCCGCUGCACUUGGCCGUGAGCAAGAAAAGGAUCGAUAUAAUGGAUUUUCUGCUGGAGCACGGUGCCGAUCCGAACGCCCGCAACGAGCUCGGAUCGACCGUUCUGCACAUGAUUUGCGAGAUGAACCAUUUUUCGUACAGCGAUUGGGCGACGUCGUUCUUCAAAAAGUGUCGCCGUCUCGGGCGACGGGUGCGGGUCGAUAUCAGGGACCCUUGGGGCCGGACGCCGCUCGAACGGGCCGUGGCGAGUCUACAACCGAAAGCGAUCGGCGAACUCUUCUAUAACGGCGCCGAUCUGUCCGGCUUCGUUUUUCCCUCUCUGAGAGACUUCGACAGGGACAGAACGGAGAAUGCGGAUUGUACGCCUUUUUACAAGAUGAAGUUGGCGGCCGGUGCUCUGGUCUGCGCCGAGCGCCUCGCCAGAAGAGGAUACCAGCUGGUCAUGAGCGACGUCUUGACGAUCAUGAGAAUUUUCGCCAGGUACAACUUGUUCGAGAUAUCGACGGAGAAUAUCAAGGAUCUGCGCGACAACGUCCAAUUCCGGGACCUCUCGAAGCUGAUGAAGUUCAAGCCGGAUCUGACGCUCUACGAUCUGAUCCGCUUGCGACCCGAAGAGGCGGCCAAAAGACUCACCUACAAGAACUACUACAAGUUCAAGAGUCGUCCGGUGAAGCUUCGGGACAUUCCACCGAGCUAUAGAUCGGCUUGCGGCGCGCAUCUGGCCGAGAAACUGUCGAGAAAAUUUUUCCUGGGCUGGGGCUUGGAUUGCUUCAUGCAGCUGACGCACCAUCGACUGCCGAUUCUUUGCUGCGAGAUGAUCAUCCGGCAUUUGAAUAACAAAGAUUUGUUUCUUAUUUGCUUGGUGACCGCGAUCAAGGCUACGAAAAAUUUAAAAUGGCAGAUGGAAAAUGUAGUUGAAUGUAAUGACGAGGAAAGACCUGUGGAAACUACGAACGAUUCGAGAUGGCAGAUGGAUGUCAUUAAACGUAAUAAUAGGAAAAGACGCGCGAAAGCUAACGAACAAUCUGGAACGGCAGAUCGAUGAUACAAAAUGUAAAAAGAGAGAAGUUGCGAAUACCGAUGGAUGGCUGGUCGAAGAUGUAGAAUCUAAUGAGCAAAACGCGUAAAAGCUACAAACAAUUUUAAAUGAAAAAAAAUAGUAUGUGCACCGAGAAGUUUCUUUUUCAUUCUUUUUACGAAAUCAAUAAAGAAACAAUUUUAUCGUCGAUUAAAGAACGUCUUGAAUACGACAAGCUUAAUACAAUAUUAAUUGUAAUUUUUAAUGUCUUGUAUCAUAAGAUUUUGCAUAUUUUCUGUGUUAUUCAAAUAAACAUAGAUAAAAAAAUGAAA